UAUAUAUACAAUGAAUUGAUUGACCUUGUCAAAUAUUAUAUAUACCUGAGAAACGGCUCCUUGAAACCAUACCCGGCUAAUGCUAUUUGUUUUACACAUACGAUACUACCAUUGACUUUGUUAGUCCUCACUACCCAUUUUCCAACUCAUAUUUUCUCGACUAUUUGCCUUCUUCAAUAUAUAAUUUUACUUCUUUCGUUUUCACUUUAGUAUUCAGUAUUCACAUCUUACUUCGUUAACCAUUUCAGUUCAAGCAACUCAAAGAGAGAUAUGGCUAGCGAUACGCAGAAGAACACUAUGUUUAUUGAACAACAAGACCCUGAAACCUAUCAUCAGAACGGUGAUAUUCGCAAGAACUUUCUUGACGAUGAUGGUCGAGAAAAAAGAACUGGAACUUGGGUAACUGCUAGUGCCCAUAUCAUAACGGCUGUGAUUGGUUCUGGAGUUCUAUCUUUGGCAUGGGCCAUAGCUCAGCUCGGUUGGGUAGCUGGACCAGCCAUUCUCAUGGCUUUCUCAUUCAUCACAUAUUUUACGUCCACUUUGCUCGCCGAUUGCUACAGGUCUCCUGAUCCUAUUACCGGAGAGAGAAAUUACACCUACAUGGAUGUCGUGAGAGCCAAUUUAGGAGGUCGGAAAGUUCAGCUCUGUGGAUUGGCUCAGUAUGGAAAUCUCAUUGGAGUUACAGUUGGCUAUACCAUCACUGCGUCUAUCAGUAUGGUGGCUGUCAAAAGGUCAAAUUGUUUCCACAAACAUGGACACGAUGUGAAGUGCUCCACAUCAAACAAUCCCUUCAUGAUUAUCUUUGCCUGCAUUCAGAUUGUUCUUAGCCAAAUACCAAACUUCCACAAGCUAUCAUGGCUCUCAAUUAUGGCCGCCAUUAUGUCUUUUGCUUAUUCCUCCAUAGGUCUUGGCCUCUCCAUAGCCAAAGCUGCAGAUGGGUCGCACGCAAGAACAACUCUAACGGGAACCACAGUUGGGGUAGACGUGACGGCAUCGGAGAAGGUUUGGAGAGCAUUCCAGGCAAUGGGAGAUAUGGCCUUUGCUUACGCUUUCUCUACUGUGCUCGUUGAAAUUCAGGACACAUUGAAGUCGAGUCCACCAGAGAACAAAUCCAUGAAAAGGGCAAGUGCUGCUGGUGUCUUAACCACGACGGUGUUCUAUGUAAUGUGUGGUUGCAUUGGUUAUUUAGCAUUUGGAAAUAACGCACCUGGAAAUUUCCUCACUGGUUUCGGAUUCUAUGAGCCUUUUUGGUUGAUUGAUUUGGCAAAUGUGUGCAUUGCUAUACAUCUAAUUGGUGCUUACCAGGUUUUCUGCCAACCCCUAUUCGGAUUCGUGGAGAAAUGGAGUCACAAACGCUGGCCAGAAAGCAACUUCAUAAAUACUGAGCAUGGUGUUAACAUUCCCUUUUUGGGUUUAUAUUAUGUAAACAUGUUCAGGUUGGUGUGGAGAACAAUAUAUGUUAUUGUGACAUCGGUGCUAGCCAUGAUAUUCCCAUUCUUCAAUGACUUCGUCGGUCUUAUUGGAGCGGCUUCAUUCUGGCCAUUGACGGUUUAUUUCCCCGUAGAGAUGUACAUUGCCCGGACCAAAAUGAAGAAAUUUUCCUUCACCUGGGUAUGGAUGAAAAUACUAAUUUGGACCUGCUUAAUAGUAUCACUUCUUGCUCUUGCUGGAUCCGUUCAAGGUCUCAUCCAAAGUCUCAAGACAUACAAGCCCUUCCAAACUGAGCAAUAAUCCUCUAAAGUAACCUUCCUGUGAUGCAUAUGUACUAUUUAUAACAUACAAAUAAUUUCACGGGUUUGUAAGUUGUAACUGAUUUUCUUGAACUCCUAGAGGAAGUAAAAGGUUGCCAGCCGCAGCUC